CAGGCGGCGGCGUGGGUUCGAAUUUUAUGAUGGAGUCUGGGCUUGUGCGGCUUGAUUAACAUUCCUAAUGCUAAUCGACUUCCCAAGUUUCCUCCUCCAAGUUUCCUCCUACACAUAAACAUGUAUAUAUAUAUACACAGCCUUACCCCUCAAGCAAACUUAAAGAACAUUGAGCAAACCAAGAUCCCAGGAGGAGAAGGUGGUUCACGCAUGCCGGAGAAUGCUAUUAUCUAUCUCAAUAAAGUCAGGGAUACUUUUAAAUCACAAAUACCCAAAUUAAAUAUGUUCCAGAAUCUGAUGAGAGAAUUCAAGGCUCAAAGAAUUGACCUUCCUGAUCUCUUGGAGAGGUUGGAAGAACUAUUCAUUGGGCAUGAUAAUCUAGUUAUUGGGCUUAACAUGCUCUUGCCAGAGCGGUAUCAAAUCAGCCUCACUGAUGACGAUGAGGAUGAGGAGCCAAAGAAGACUGUUAAGUUUCAGAAAGCUAUUGAUUUCGUAAACAAUGUACAGAAUCGUUUUGGAAAAAAUGAUCGAAAAUAUAAAUCUUUUAUAGACAUCAUGAAUUUAUACGGAGAGGAGUCAAUUGAAGAGGUCCACCUUCAGGUUACCACACUCUUCAUGGACCAUUUAGACUUGCUUAAGGAGUUCGAGACACUUUUGCCUAAAGAAUCUUCUGGUAGUGACCGUAGUGUAUCAUCAGUACAUCAUCCAAUUGACCGACAUCCUUUUCAUCAUUAUGAUGGGCAGAGCUCAAUUAUGCCAACUCUGCGGGAUAGUGUCAUGGACAAGGACAAGGUAAAAAACAGAGAGGAUGAAUAUAUGGAACUGACCCAUGACAGGGAUGAAGCCAGAGAAAAGGAUAGAUAUGAUGACAAGGAUAUGGGAAAAUCCAUUCAUGAGCCUGAUCUCUCUAAUUGCCAAAGCAACAUCAACCCUAGCUAUUGGCUUUUGCCUGAGGAUUACCCGAUACCUUUGGCAAGCCAGAGAUCAGAGACUGAUACUCAAGUGUUAAAUGAUCGUUGGGUUUCUGUUACUUCGGGUAGUGAAGAUUACUCUUUUAAACACAUGCGCAGAAACCAAUACGAAGAAAUCCUGUUUAGAUGUGAGGAUGAUAGGUUUGAGCUAGACAUGUUGUUGGAGUCAGUGAGGUCAACUGCUGAGCGAGCAGAGGAACUGUUGAACAGCGGUGAAAGCAGUGAAAGAAAAUUUGCAGCUUUGGAUUUAAGGUGUAUUGAACGUUUGUAUGGCGAUCAUGGACUCGAUGUGAUAGACAUAUUACGUAAAGACCCGUAUGUUGCAUUGCCUGUUAUACUAGCUCGCCUAAAGCAGAAACAGGGGGAGUGGACAAAGUGUCGUAAAGAUUUUAACAAGGUUUGGAGGGAAGUUUACGCUAAGAACCGUAGCUUCUAUCUGAAUCAGCAAGAUACAUAGAACCUCUGCACAAAAUGUAAGUUAAACCUUGAUGUCAAAGAUGAUGGUUGUGAGUGUCAGGUAAUUUGGUUGCUCUAUCCUGUCUUCUUGUUAGUUACCAUUUCAUGUUGAUGACUGUUGUAUUACUAGUGAACACAUUGUAGGAAGAUGUGGUUGGGGGACUAUUUCCAAAAUUAUGACUCCAUCCGUAUGCAAUUGACAAUUCUUCUAUAAAAAAAUGCAAAAUUAUGUCUACA